AUGUCAAGAUUGCACCCGAUUUGCCAGGGCGACAAGAAGCCAUGGCCGUUCUCGGACGAGAGGCCUUCCGAACGAUCGGGCACAUGGCAAGCCGCCGCUCAAAAGGGGCAGUUGACAUACGACCACGUGGAACCGGAUGGAGUGCUUGCUCCGAAUCCCAGCCUUAAUCCCGCGAGCCUCCGACCCUGA